AUGGCAUCUCCACGAUCGGCUUGCCAUGCUUCUUUGCUGACCCGUGAGGGACCACCCUCUUAUCAGCCACUCACGACCGAGCCAGCCAAGCCGUACAUCCAGGAAGCGUAUGGAAGGAAUGCCAAGUCCCUGCUCGAAGGCAUCGAGCACAACAAGACCGCAACGCGCGUCUUUUGGUUCAUGGCUGGCGUGUGGUCCGCCGUCAUCAUCUCUUGCCUCGCCCUCGCCAACGCCGUCGGAUCUCUGUCAGGCCCAGAAGCGUACGAGGAGCUGGUCGAGGUCAAGCGAGCUUUGCAAGCUGGGCACUUUGUCGGGAUCGGGCGCAGAUCGAGCACUGUCUGGGAGCGGGCUUGGAAGAUGUUUGUGCAACCUCGGCCAUGUGGGGCUGGGGCAGCUUUGGGAAGCAGGAGCCACGCCGGCCGCAGUCAACAUGUAAAGCCCGACCGAGGAUGUUGCGACGUAGGCCAUGCCGAUGGUGAGGAGCAGAACGGCGAUCUUCCAAUCGCAGAGAGUUCGAGUGCCGUAUACUCCAACACGAUGGCCAGGGCUGCGCUCCGUCUUUUGGCCUGGCUCAGACGCAUUCGCUGCCCGCCGCCGCCGGACACCCGCCUGGGCUGGCUAAGGAGCGCAAGCGCGUCAAAACAGGGAAACCCCCGGUCAGCGUCUCUUGAAAGCUUUGCCGUCCUCAUCACGGUACGUGCGCAGCCUGCGCACCACCGCCUAUGGCUAGAGCUCAAGAGCUUCUCCAUGAUCUCGAGGAUGGCAAGGUUCAUUGCUCUCCGGCCGAUGACCUUGUUUGGUCUAUCUGCUUUGAUGAUCUUCUACGCACAUCUCAACUUUUACGAAGACAAGCAGCGGGCUUUCAACACCUUGUACAGGUUGUUGGAUAUUUCGUACAACUCCAAUGGGUCGGAGCCGUUUCUAACAAUCUUUCGCGACAAGCAUCGAAAGUCAUUUCUUCAUCAACGGGUCGAGGACAACCCUCUAACCUACAAGUACUUGCACGUCUACAUGGCCGUAUUUUGGAGCAUCGUGAUGCCUUUGCAGCACAUCGACUCGUUUCGAGUCAAGUAUCCCACAGCACACCGUGUUUGUGGAUACUUGACUUUGACUGGUUCAUUUCUGCUCGCCGCUACUGGGCUCACAUUCCCGUUUCGAGGCUUGUCGUAUUCCUUGCCAGCUCCUCUCUCCUUUCACUAUGCUUUUGGCAAGUGGUAUCUGCCAUUCAUCACGUUUAACCAGGGUCUCUUUUUGGCAGCUAUUCCGCAGCUUUUCACGCUCUACAAGACGGUCAAGUAUGCCAGGAGGCGGGCCUUUGCCAAGCAUCGGUAUUGGGCGGUGUUGCACACGACAAGCUGCUACGCCAUACACCUUUUCCGAGUCUACCUGGCCAUCGCCUUCAUGCUGGGUACCGUGCUCGCGAAAUCACCCUUGACCUUCCAGACGGCUCUGGGCGUUCCGCAAGGGCUGCAGGAGAAGGAGGAUGCUGAGCGAGCAGUAUUCGCUUUCUGUACCGUGCUUGCUGGCAUCACAGGUUUUGCGUGGACGCGCAAAGUUCUCAGCCAAGCACCUAAACAGAUGUGA